UGUUAACGACUUUAUGCGUCGAUUCAUGAACUUUUCGGCUGUUUAGUCGUACGGGCUCGCUGAGCAGAAGAUUGAAACAUAGUACCUAUCAUCCGGGCUUAAUAGGGUCCGGUCCAGCCCCAUUCACUCGGGAGCGAGGUCCUCAUUCGCUGUCUCACUCCUUCGACAACCGUGGAUUGACCUGCAAGCGUGUAUCCCGCACCAUCAACCACGCAAUCACACACGCUCACAGACUGGACACCCUUUCCUGGAGCGACGUCCCUUGCUACCUAUUCCUGCCCAAUUUCCACUGCUCUGGGCAGUCGAGCGUUGUUCAGCCCGGUAUCGAAUCACCAUGGGAAGCCUCGGCGAGAUGUCGGCGCUGCCGUACUGGCAGGUCAACGUCCCUCCUGAGAGCCGCACGGACGAGUGCCCGGAGGGGCUUCGCAACCUAUCGGCCAAGGAUGUAGGGAUCCUGCGCACUCCGGACGGCGCGUACCGCCCACAGACGUGGGACGAGGUCCGGCGGCUUGUGGCAACGAACCGGCUCGACCUGUUCCAGCGCGUGCCGUCGGAGCUCAGGCGGUACCGACUGUUCAUUCACCACCUGAUCAAGGAGCACGGGAGCGUCAUGAAUUUCGUCUUGGAACACCGGCUUGGGUGGCAGGAACCGCUCGUGGCCCGCGGGAAGCCAUUUGAGACGGAGGCCGAUUGGAAGGUGUUGUACAACGACUGGCCGUAUGGGAUCGAUGAGCGGAUUGUGCACCUUGUGGUCUGGACCAAGUUCGAACUAGAGGAGGACCCAGCUACGGGAGAUCUGACGGAGGGCGCGAGGGGGGAGAUUGAGACCUUUGUGGACAAGACGUUCCGAGCGAGGACGGGGCCUGACACGGUCAUUUGGUUCAAGAACUGGCGGAGCCUCAAGUCCGUCCACGCCGUCGAGCACUUCCACGUCAUGCUCCUCGACCCCGACCCCGAGUUCAUCCGGGAGGUUACCAACAGGGAUGUUCCGCAAUGUGACAAGUUUGAGGCAUAGGACCCAGAGACAAAUGACGCACGAGGGGUUGCUUGGCCGUAUUGUUGGGGGAAGUUGGAUGCAAACAAAGACCAUCCAUCGACCACUCUCUUUUCCUGCACGGAAAGCCGGGACACGGUUCUUGCCGAUGCAGCGGCACAUUGAAGAAAAACGAAAGGAGAGAAGAGGGAUAAAAGGGAACCCCCA